GGUCUGGCUGCGCCUGCGUGGACGGCUGGCGCCGACAAGUGCGCUGCACCGCGGGUACCGGCUGGGGGCGAGCAGACCUCGAGCAGCUGCCUCAGCCGCCACAGCCGUUGCGACCGCCGCAGCGGAGUUCAGAGGGCCGGGGGGUGGGAGACUUCCCACAAGGAGGCUGAGAUGUCGUCCACCGCGGCUUUUUACCUUCUCUCCACCCUGGGAGGGUACUUGGUGACCUCAUUCUUGUUGCUCAAAUACCCGACCUUGCUGCACCCGAGAAAGAAGCAGCGAUUCCUCAGUAAACACAUCUCUCACCGCGGAGGUGCAGGAGAAAAUUUGGAGAAUACAAUGGCAGCCUUUCAGCAUGCAGUUACAAUUGGAACUGAUAUGCUGGAAUUGGAUUGCCAUAUCACAAAAGAUGAGCAAGUUGUAGUGUCCCAUGAUGAGAAUUUAAAGAGGUCAACUGGGCUCAAUGUAAACAUCUCUGAUCUCAAGUACUGUGAACUCCCACCUUACCUUGGCAAACUGGAUGUCACAUUUCAAAGAGCAUGCCAAUGUGAAGGAAAAGAUAACCGAAUUCCAUUACUGAAGGAAGUUUUUGAGGCCUUUCCUAACACUCCCAUUAACAUCGAUAUCAAGGUCAACAACAAUGUGCUGAUAAAAAAGGUUUCAGAGUUGGUGAAGCAAUAUAGACGAGAACACAUAACGGUUUGGGGUAAUGCCAGUUACGAAAUUGUAGAAAAGUGCUACAGAGAGAAUUCAGAUAUUCCUAUUCUCUUCAGUCUACAACGUGUUCUGCUCAUUCUUGGCCUUUUCUUCACUGGCCUCUUGCCCUUUGUGCCCAUUCGAGAACAGUUUUUUGAAAUCCCAAUGCCUUCUAUCAUACUGAAGCUAAAAGAACCCCACACAAUGUCCAGAAGUCAAAAGUUUCUCAUCUGGCUUUCUGAUAUCUUACUAAUGAGAAAAGCCUUGUUUGACCACCUCACUGCCAGAGGCAUUCAGGUGUAUAUUUGGGUUUUGAAUGAAGAACAAGAAUACAAACGAGCUUUUGAUUUGGGAGCAACUGGGGUAAUGACAGACUAUCCAACAAAGCUUAAGGACUUUUUACAUAAUUUUUCAGCUUAGAAAAGGAGGUACUCAGAAGCACUCAAAGAAAAAUGAAAAGAACUAAAGAAAAAAAAAAAAAACAAGUUUGCCAUCAUUUCCCUAAGCCAUUUCCAGAAUGGUAAAGGUUUAAUCAUUUAAGUUUUAAUUACCUCAUUUUUAAGCUUGUCUGAGAAUGUAGAAACUAUAUAUUGUAUAUUUAUUUUAAAGAAUAUUGCAUAUUUUACAUGUGUAAAUAGUUUGUUUAGAAUGAUAACUGGUUAUGAGAUAUAAGUAGAAGACUAUUGAUCAAGAGUUCUGUAUAUUAUGCAGUAUUCUACUAUUAUAAGUAAUUGUAAAAUCAAAGACUUUUGAAUAGAUUUGAUACUAGCCUUCACUGGAAUAAGAUCAACUAAUUAGUAAAGCAAAAUUAUUGAAGGCCACUAUAGCUAUGCUGAGUUGUCUUGUUAUUUCUAGGUACAUCUUAGUUUAAGAGGAAAGAAAAUACAGUGGGAGGAGAGCUUAGAAAUCAGUGAUACAGUUAAACUGACAGGUUCUGUUAACUUUGUUAACAGAAGGCAGUCUCCAUAAAAACUGAAACUAAUACUUGAUCAGAAAUAAAAACUGUAGACAAUUAGAUUUCUUGGUUGCUGCUGUUAAUGGGGACAUUCUGUUUGGAAUCUUCUUCAGGUGUAAAAUUGUUACCAUGUCCUUUCUUUCUGGUAGACAUUAAAAUUGGACUUUUUAAAUGUAAAUUAAGACAAGACCCAAAUAGUCAUAUAUUUAUGUUUCCUCUAAACAUUAUGUUUCCUCUAAACAAAAUUUUCCAAUUUUUGGCACUGACUAAUAACUGUUUGGGCCUACAUCUAGAUUAUAAAUAACGUCUUAAAUCCUAAUAAUCAUAUGAAACUGACAAAAGUACAUAUCAUUGUUUCCAGUACGUAUGGUAUAAACCACCUAUUCCUGAUCUUCAAGGUUUAAUUCUUCUGACUAUUAAAUGGAAGCAGAAUUUCUCAAAGCAUUAGGCAUCACUUCCUCUCCUUCUCUGAUAUGACUCCAUGUAAAUCUUUUUCUAAUCUUUUUGACUAAUUUUCAUGAUCUCUUUGGGAGGUAAAUAUACUCUGGAAUAAUAAGGGUCUUUUACCUAGAUUACAUCUCUCAUUUGGAGUUUGCCAGCUCACAGCUAAGAAGGAUGAUCAUACUCCUACCUAUCCCUUGAUGACAUAAAUAACAUUUGCUUUUUGUUUGUUUGUUUAUCUAAACUGAAAUAAAGUUUUACAAGAACAAAA